CUUCCAUAGCGGAGGUGGCGAAGCGCUCCACACCUCCACUGUCUCCGCGACUGCUAGCGACGCUGCUGCGGCCCUCCCGCCACUACCUCAAGCAGCAGCAGCAGCAGCGUUUCCUCCUCCUCCCCCGCCAACAGCGCCAUCACCGGCAGUCUCCGAGCCGCCUGCUUGGUCGCUGCCGCCCUCACCACCACCAUCGUCAGGGUCAGCACCAGUAUUGCAGCCAGCGCCGCUGUCGGCAUCGGCUUCGGUACCGAGGGCAUCCGAGCGUCCAUCCUAUGUAUCGCCGCAACUGGCUCCGCAGCUGCCGCCGGCAGCACCGGCGGCAGCAGCAGCGGCGCCGUUUUCGUCAACGGCUGUGGUUGCAACAGAGGAACUGGCAUCACCGCUGGUUGGAACGCAGGUGAUUGGUUCAUCCGGUACCCUAACGGGCGCCGGAAUCGCAUCCUUUCGAGAUGAAGACGACUUGUUUGGCUUCGAUUUCAGUUAUGUUGCACACAUUGCUGCACCAGCCCCGCCGCAGCUGUUAAAGGCGGUUGCUGCUGCUACAGCUGCGUCGGCUGGUGCUGCUGCUACAGCCGGCCGUUUAGCCUCCCAUGCAAUGGCACUACCGCCGACGUCAGGUGCCGUACGACAGGACUCAUUCCGGAGGCGCCACGACCGACCGAUUCCCACGGCCGCAAUCGCGAGUGCUGCCCGCUUUGCUAACUCUACUGUUGCUGCCUCCGUUGCUUCUGUAACCAGCAGUGGCGGCCGCAGGAACACUGACAAAAGCAGGGAAAGCAAUGGAGGAACAGCUGGGCCUGCUUUCUCUCCUCCUGCUGGCCCGGCACCAGUCCCGUUCCGACGCCGCAGUCCAAUUGGUGCUGCAGCCAUUGCAGGUGGCGUCGACAGCAGCAUCGGCGGUGAAAUGGGAGGCAUCCCUAAUGACCGCAGCCGCGGCUCCAAAGCAGGCGUCGAUCAUGCAAACAGCAGCAGCAGCAGCGCUGGCAUUGCUGACAUUACCUAUGAUUCCCCCGCUUCUUCAACUCCUACCAGUACGGCCGCCGUUACUGCGCCGGUCGCAUUCCGUCGUCGCCGCGGUAUCCCCAGUACGACAGAUCCAGCCUCCACUGCUAGUGGUGGCAGCAGCAGCGCAUCAGGAAACGAUAUUGGCAGCGAUGCUGCCGGCGUCAGGGCUCUCGAAGAGCUUCUAGGACCUCUGACGCCGGCGGCACGUAGUGGUCGCGGCGGCGGCGGAAGCGACUCACGUACGGCAACCUCCGCGGCUGACAGCGGUGCCGAGGUCGAGAGCAGGCCGAAGGCUUCGGCGUCGGGGGGCCCGCCGCGGCGGGGUUGGGCGAGAGCCAACGGAGGGGAGGAAGAGCGCGGAAGCGACGUUUGCGGAGACGGCGGUACCGUAGUACAUAAUGGUGACGUCAGCGGAGGUGAACGGCCGGGAAAGUAUCGUACAAUGCCAGUGUCGGCGUUGUACGACACGACAGCGGAAGGGGAUGCCGCGAGCAGGCCUAGAGAAAAGCUACAAACACCCCCUGGUGGUUGGAAGCCCAAGGGUACCCCUGCUACCACUCUCUUCGUGAAGGGUCUUGAUCCCGCUGCCGGAGAGGAGCGAUUGAGGGAGGCACUGGGGCAGGUGUUUUCCUCCGCGGGACGUAUCGUACAGGUCCGCCUGCCCUCGGGCGGCGAUGGCCGCCCCAAGGGGAUAGCCUAUGUGGUCUUUGAGACGCCGGAGGAAAAGGCCCGCGCUGCGGCUCUGGACGGCAGCUGGGUGCUGGGUCGGGCGGUCCGGGUGGACGUGCAGGUGACGAGCCCGGGGGUGAGGGGAGCGGGAGGAAGACCGUGGAAUGGGGGCCAAGAACGGUGAUGCAGGAAUGGUGGAUGGUGGGGUGCGGGUUCAGGACGAGGGUUAGAGAUGAAGAAGUGAAGCAGGAAGGUAGAGUUUAAAGGGGCCGAGGGAAGAGUUAUAGAAAACCUGGAAGGUAGGAAGCAGCUGGGAGGAUAUUAUCCGGUAGGAGUGGGGAGAAGCGGUGGUGUGUUGGCAAUGGGAAGUGCGAAAUUACUGCAACGGGCGGGGCGAAGAAGGCUCUAACUUAGUGAAGGCGGAGAAUGAUAUUGCAUUACAGGGAG